CGUCAUCCUAUUACUACAUUGUACCGUAUCAAACAUCUACUUAUUCUUACUGGAAUAUUUGUUUCUGUUCUUACCUCAACAAGUGUCAAUCAUUCAUUCAUUCAAUAAAAUUGAUCCGUCCUGACCCUAAUAGCCUCGACCGUUCUCUCUCUCUCUCUCUAGAAAUUACACGAACACGGCAACACAACAACAAAAGACAACAACCCUGAAGAAGUCGACUUCCAGACAAGAUAGACCAAAAAAAAAUGUCGAAAACUCCGGACACGGCGCGGAACCCAUCUCGUAUGGUGUGGCAACGAGAAGCUUUUCUGAGCAUGAGCGUCCGCGACCGGGUGAUGGCCCUGCAGGCCCAGAUCGUCGCCGACCCGGACUUUUUCGGUUUCGACACGUACGCCCUCAAGGGCAGCAACAUCACCCUCCUCGAGGCCGAACCCAACAGGACGGUGUGGGAGAUGGACAUCGGUGGCAACCUGUGCAACAAGUCCGGGAACCUCCACGGUGGCGCGGCCGCGACUUUGCUCGACAACCUCACGUCGACCGCUCUGAUCACGAUUUCGAAACCGGGUUUCUUGGACGGCGGGCACGUCUCGAGGACAAUCACCAUGACCUACCUCCGUCCCGUACCCCGAGACAGCCGCGUCCGGAUCGAGUGCGAAACCCAGGCGGCCGGACGCAACACGGCCAACAUUCACGGCAAGAUCUACCUCAAUGGGAAACUUUGCGUGACUUGCGUCCACGACAAGGCUGUAUUCUCGACGGCUGCCAAAUUAUGAUUUUGUUAUAUGGGAGGCUCGGAGGCGUCGUCACCGUGGUGGCGGGUAUAGAGAUUGGAUAGCCUGUCAGUGCAUCUUUUGUUUUUGUCCGUGUCAAUUUAUACGAUAUCUGGCUGUUGUUCAAGAAUUGCCCACCUAUACACACAAGGACCAUGGGGGCAGUUGGGUUUUGGUGGGUUCUGGUGGGUUCAAGAGAGCAUGGUUUCAUGUCAUGAGUCGACAUUGGGCACAAGAGUGGCGGCUCUAUGCGGUGAUUAAGAGGCCACUCUUGUGGGUGAUAGACAGGAUAGAAGCGGGUCAGCAUAGAGCAAUAUAGCGCAAAGACACGUACAGACAAUAACGAGAGUGAUUUCAAGCUCCC